CGCCCUUGCACCGUGACCUAUUGUUGUCAUGUGACGUGUUUGUUGACGAUGAGGUCACAGCCCGAAAUGGGAAGUUUUGUAGUUGUGCAAGUUCUUGCAGCUGCGUUGUCAUCUUUAUUGACGUGUGCGAGCUUGCAGACGUCCUUAUAGCGAGUGCGGAGCUCCUCAAAGAUUCUUAAGAUGGGCGUGUUCCGUGGUUGCCAGGUAACCCUGGAGCUGACGGGUGUCACACUUCCAUAUAAGGAGAAGAAGAGGCUGAGGGAACUCGUCACACAGAAUGAUGGCAUCAUCUCUUACAUCAUCAACAAAAAGACUUCAUUUCUGGUACUGGGGAACAAAGAAAGGACGGACAGCUACAAAUGCCGGACGGCGGUGAAACUCGGCCUGCCCGUGGUCUCGCUAGAGUACAUCGAGGCCUGCGUACAGGCAGAGGAGCUGCUCCACACCGACAGCUUCCUAUUGGUCGGGAAGAGCGUUGCUGACGAGUUUUCUACGGGCAAAAUCGCAGCCCCAAGAAGCCUGAAGCAGGCAGAAGUAAAGAAGGUGACCGUAGACAUCAACAAAAUCAAGGUGUGGAAACAAGGAGAAAAUGGUCCAGAUGGAGCUUUCAAACCUGUGUACUCCAAAGAUACCAGAGGAGAUCAUCACUUGGUAGACGGAAAAUUUGAGGUGGCCAAGUAUGUCUUCUUACAGAAAGAUACUCAGUCUGGUAAGGUGACCAAGAAGGGUUCAGCUGCAGCUGUACUGCAGGUGCUGGAGCUACAGGUGGCAUCAGGUGAACCUGAUAACUCGAAAGGAGAGUUCAAGUACAGGGUCAUGACACAGGAGACAGGUGGCGCCAAAGAGUACAGGUACGUCCAGACGACCGAUGAGGCAGUACAAGUGUACGGUAUCCUGUACGAUAGGUACACCAAACAUCCGCACAACUUCCGCAGGGCGGGGCCUGAUGGGGACACGCCCUGGACAGUUGGGUCUCCUCAACUGCUUCAGACAUUGAGUGAGGUUCAGACCCACACAGCCAGCGUCUCCCCCAGUGUCCUGGCUCUGGUGGACUCACUCUGGGAGGAGGCUCUGGGAAACCUGUCUCACGUCAUCAAUGGAGAUGUACUACACAUCAAAGUGGACCAGAUCGACAAGGCAGAAGCACUACUUCUACAGCUAAAGCAGGCUGUUGAAAGGAAGGCAGCGAAUGAUGAGCUUCAGAAACUCUCCUCGGAGUUUUACAGCGCCAUCCCCCACCGACCCGUCCACAAGUGUGUCAUCAGGAAUAAAAGGAUAAUAGCACGGAAACAGGACAUGUGUCAGCUGAUUCGAGACAUGGUGAGCGUGAGUGAGGCCACCAGCUGGGCGUCUCGCCCGAGCGCCGUCGCCAGGUAUCACGCCCUCAGGUGUAACAUCCAACCACUGGACAGGGACAGCGAAGACUGGCGUAGUAUGGAGUCCACGAUUCACUCCAGCCAAGGGAAGGGUGGGCAAUCCAUCAGAGUUGAGAACGUGUUCAGGGUGUGUCGCUCCGUGGAGGAAGCUGGGUUCAACUCUGCCAUCGGUAAUGUCCAAACCAAGUUCCACUCCUCACAGGCACAGAACUUUGUUGGCAUCUUGUCAAGAGGUCUGCUGCUCCCCAAGGUCGUUGUUGAUGACUUUGGUGGAACCAGAACUGACGCAGGCAUGCUGGGACAUGGCAUCUACUUCUCAGAUGCAAGCACCAGUGCAGCAUACUCCUCUCCCAACAAGCACAGAGGUACCAGAUACAUGGUAGUGAGUGAGGUAGCAUUGGGGAAGUGUAAGGAUGUGUACAAACACGACACCAGCCUGACACAACCACCUCAGGGGUACAACAGUGUGCAUGGAGUCAAGGGGACUGAGGAGAUCACUUCAGAGUUUAAGGAUGAUGAAUAUGUCAUCUACAAUGUUGAACAGCAAAAAAUGAGGUACCUAGUGGAGUUCUCAUUGCCAGGUGAUCAGGUGACACCUGUGGAUGAGACUGCGUACCUGCACCUGCUGACACCUGAAGUGGAGGCAGAGGAAGAUGCAAACAAGAUCUCCCUUGAAGAUGUCCAGAACAUUGCUGACCCUCUGGACAAGGUGACAGGUGGGCUGAUCUCCAAACACGGGGAGGAGACCCCCGUCCCGCUCAAGUCUGUCCACGUCAGAGCCAAGCUCCUGGACUUAGCUGCACAGGUUGUUGUGUUGCAGUCCUAUAAGAACGAAAACAAUGUCGCCAUCGAGGCCAAGUACGUUUUCCCGCUAGACGACAUGGCGGCGGUGGUCGGGUUUGAAGCGUUCAUCAACGGGAAGCACGUGGUCGGAGAGGUGAAGGGAAAAGAGGAGGCACAUCGCGAGUACCGACAGGCGAUCAGCGAGGGACAUGGAGCGUACCUCAUGGACGAAGAAACACCUGAUGUAUUCACAGUGAGUGUAGGGAACCUGCCCCCCAGAGCCAGUGUGCUUAUCAAGAUCACCUACGUCGCUGAGCUGGCAGUGGAGGGAGAAAACAUCUGCUUCAGACUACCUGGCAGCGUCGCUCCCUGGCAGAAAGAUUCACUCUCUGAGAAGAUCCAAAAGGACCUGGAAACAGUCAAGGUGGAAAAGGAUGCUGGGAAAGAAUUUUCCCUCCAGGUUGCCAUGGAGAUGCCCUUUGACAUCAGGACAAUCCAAUCACCAUCUCAUAAAAUCAGAGUAAAGAGGACAGCAAGCAAGGCUGUAGUGGAGCUGGAGAAGAACUGCAUGCUGGGAGCUGGUUUCCUGCUGCAGGUUGGGCUGGCGGAGAUCCACGUACCCAGGAUGUGGGCGGAGCGGCACCCUGACAAGGACAGCCAGGCCUGUAUGCUGACCUUCUACCCAGAAUUCCAAGCAGAGGUCAUGCAGGGUCAUGAGGUUAUCCUCCUCUUGGACGGGUCCAACUCCAUGCGGGGGUCGGCUCUGGAGGCAGCCAAGAAAGUCGCCCUGCUCUGUCUGUGCCAUCUACCAAAGGAAUGUAGCUUUAACGUUGUUGCCUUUGGCACAGGAUAUGAGGAACUGUUUGCUGUGAGCCAGUCCAGAACCAAGUCCAAUGUCUCCAAGGCUGAAACCUUUAUCCAGAAUCUGAAAGCAUCCAAGGGAAACACAGAUGCAUGGAGGCCCCUGCGUGGGUUCUUCCUGCUUCCGCCGUUGGGUAAAACGCGGAACGUGCUCCUCAUCUCUGACGGACACGUGAACAACCCUGACCAGACUCUUAGCGACGUCCACCAGCACUACCAGGAGACAAGGGUCUUCAGCUGUGGGGUGGGGUCAACUUCCAACAAACAUCUGCUGCGAGCCCUAGCCAGAGUGGGAGGGGGCGCUUUUGAGUAUUUUGAUGAUAAAACCAAGUCUAAAUGGGAAAAGAAGGUGAAGUCUCAGCUGUGGAAAGCUGCCCAGCCGGGCCUGACGUCCGUGUCAGUUGAUUGGCAGCAGUGGGAUGAUGAUGCCCCGCCUCCUGUCCAAGCCCCCAAUCAGAUCGUCUCUCUCUUCAACGGCUCUCGUCAAGUGGUGUAUGGCUACGUCCCACACUGCACUCAGGCCACCCUGAAGGCUGUCAUCAACAACCGGGAAAUCAGCACCAUGGUCUCCACCACUGAACUCAGCAUCACCACAGGCAAGAUCCUGCACCAGCUGACGGCCCGUGCUGUCAUCAGAGACUGGGAGGACGGAACCCUGCACUCAGACAGGAUGCACCAUGAGACCAAGAAAAUGGGGCUGAAGCCAUACAUUAUUGACCUUAGUAAGGAGUACUCCAUCGUCACACAGUUCACCAGCUUUGUAGCUGUGGAGAAGAGGGAAAAGGAUGAAGACCUGACAACCGGUGAAGGUCCAAGUAUUGCAGAACUGGUGGAAAAGGAGAGUGUGGACAUCUUAUCCUACAUGGGGUGGGAGAGGGACAAAGGGGAAGAGGAGGCAGAGAAUAAAGUGCUCGAUGAAAAGAUCAAAGAAAAGGCCAUUGAACACAGUUUGGAGUUCUACACCACUGCAGUGGAGACUGCAAAAAGGGAGCUUCCCCCAACCCAUCCAACAGUGUUGCAGUCACAGCUCUCUGUGGCAAUGUUUUAUCACGACAAAUUGAAUAUGCCGGAGAAGGCCUGCCUGGUUGCAAAGGCUGCCUUUGACGAUGCGAUCGCGGAGUUGGAUACUCUGAGCGAGGAAAGUUACAAGGACUCGACCUUGAUAAUGCAGCAGUUGAGAGAUAACUUGACCUUGUGGUCUGCUGAGGAUGGAGAAGAAGUCUUAGAGAAAAAAGCCAACGGAAAGAAAAAGGUCAUGCAAGAAGCUGAAUAUUUAAUGGAAGACAUGGAUCUGGGGAUAUAUAUGGAGAUGGGAGGUGCUGGUAAAGACAAGUUAUGUGCUGUUUCAUCCAGCUCAGAGGAGAACGAAUCUGAUGACUCGUGGGGAACAGAUUCAGACUCUCCAGUAUAUGAGUGUGGAGCAAUGUAUGAGGAAGAAGGUGAGAAAACAGCAAGAAAGAAAUAUUCAUCAUCAGAGGAAGAAGAGAGUGAAGAAGAGAUGGGGUUUGGGCUGUUUGAUGAUGACGAAGGUAGGAUGGCAGAAGGUAAGAAAACAGCAAGAAAGAAAGUUCCAUCAUCAUUUGAGGAAGAGAUUGAAGUACAGAUGGGGUUUGCACGUCUGUUUGAUGAUGGUGAAGUUAGGAUGGCAGCUCCUGAAGAAAAAGGGACUAUGGCAAAGAUGGAGAAGAAGAAGAAGAAGGUUGCUCCUCUUGCUGAGACUUACCAGAUGAAGGCUAAUGCUUUGCAAUUGGGAAAAGGACGGUUUGCAACUACUUUGAGGUCAAGGUCGGAUAACCGUCGCUCUCCAGCAUACAGCCCAACUUCACCUACUGAGGAAGCCACAGAGGCCGAGUACACAAAGCCUAAACCUCUAGCUCGGAAAAUGGCACCAAGGAGGGUAGAAAAGGAGAAAGAGCCAGAGGCGCCAAGCCCACACUUCUCAAAGAUGUCUGCAAAGUUCUUGACCCGAGAAGCUGAAAGGGGAAAGUCCUCUUACAGAGUGUCAGAUGAAGUUCAGGCUCGUGUAGAUCGCCUUGAUGAUCUAGUAGAAAAAGCUGAUGCUCUUAGUGCACAAGCCGCAGUAUUUGGUGCUUCAACAACCAUUUCUAAAGAUGAUGGCCUCUUUGCUGGUUCAACAGAGGCAAGUGUGCAGAAACCUAAACCUUUUGAAUCCAAGCCAGGUAUCGUUCAAUGUGCCAGAUUUACUUAUGAAGCAACACCAGAUACUACCAAGGGUCUUUUUGGCAGAAAGGCUGAACCAAAGACUGCAGGAUUUGCUCUUGCCCAGUCUGUGGCCGCAGAAGAGCCAGCUCCUGCUUUUGGUUUUGGAGCUCCAGUUGCAAUCUUUGGUGCAGAAACUUAUGGAACUCGUGGUGUAGGCUUUGAUGCACCCAUACCGUAUGGCAAAAUCCCAGUUAGUGGAACGCCGUUUGGUGAAACGCCAGUUAGUGGAAAGCCGUUUGGUGAAUCUGCUGUAAAGUUUGGAGGUCCUCCUGGCACUGUAGCUGGCACAAAGACGCAAGAGACUGCAUUUGGUCAGGGUUUUGGUUCUGCUUCAAGUCGUGGUGUUGGCUUUGGUAAAGCAGCAUCUUAUGGAGCAAGAUAUGGCACACGAAUUGGUGGAACACCAUUUGCUGCAACCACAGGUCUUUUUGCCCACUCAACUGCACCAAAAGAGCAGGAAGCUGUAUCCUUUGGUUUCACUCCCUCUGCCAACAAGAGCACGAGGGAUGAUGGAGGAUCCGCAGGUGGUUUUAGUUUUGGUUGGACUGCAUCAUCAGAUAUGGGACAGAGGGAUCGAGACAGGAGCUCCCCCCUAAUUGGUGACACAAAAAAAGGAUUCAAGUUUGGAGCCCCACUUGAAGAGAAAGAAGAAACAGCAAGCUUUAGCUUUGGUGGACCCAGCCAGAAAGUGGUUCCUCAAGCAGGUUUUGGAGCUGAUCAACAGAUACAGCAGCAACAACAGCAACAACAACAACAGGCUCAGAUGAAUGUCUCUAAUACUGCUCCUCAGAGGAAGAUGCGAAGCAGGCUUCAUGGCGCUAUAGCUACCUUAAGUGAAUCCAGUCAAGCAGAAAUGGUUCCUGAAGCAGGUUUUAUCUCCAAUCAACGGAUGCAGCAGCAACAGGCUCAGAUGGAUGUUCUUCUUACUGCUCCUCCGAGGACAGGUGGUGGAAGGGUUCAUGGCGCUUUAACUAGAUUAGACGAAUCCAGUCAAGCAAAGGUGGUUCCUCAAGCACGUGUUGGCUCUCGAGCUCCUCAACCAGCGAGGAAGACAACUGGUGGCAAGGCUGUUAGAGUUUCUUCAGGAUUCAAGGACAGCUUGGACAUCGUAGACGAGAGUUCACGCGACACUGGCGACUCUUGGAGAGCUAUCAAACGGACCGAGACCCCAACGGCUGGUGAUUUCGACAUGAGGGCCAUGUCCCCUGCCUCAACAAAUGCUGCGCAGUCAGUUGCUUUUCAACAGUUAUCAGCAUCUGCUGCCUUUCUACAGGCACCCCCUUCUGCGCCACCCCCUUGUUCAACAGGCCCCCCUCCUCCUCCACCCCCCUGCCCAGCAGGCUCCCCUCCUCCAGCUGGUGCCCCUCCCCCACCACCCCCUAAGGGCACUCAGCUUCUUAAACCAAGAGCAAGUUUAAAGUCCAAAGCAGCCAUGGCUGCACCACUAAAAAUGCGUUCCCUGCCCUCGAAAGCAUUUGCUCCAUUGCCCCCUCCCCCUCCAAGUUCAGUCGAAAAGCUACCAGACCUAUCAGCAAGCCUGGACAAAGAAGAAGAAGAACUUCAAAUGGUGCUUGUAGAAAGUCUUGCAAUCGCUAGGUAUGAGCAGAUGGAAGAGUUAAAGCCAUUGUCAAGAAGUUUGGAGUUAAGACAAAAGAAGAAGAAGAAACAGGUCGAGAUCCAGGCAAGGCUGGAGGAAGAAAAGGCAUCAUUGGACAAAGUCAUGUACAUGGAUGAAAGCGUUCAAGAAAGAGAUGAAAUGUACAGGACCAGUUUGAGGGGGUUACAUGGUCCAAGAAGAGGUCCUGGUGCAUAUCACUCUGCCAGCUUUCAUCUGACCUCAGGUUCCUUUAGUGGCAGAGAAAUUGAUGUAGUACCAAUCGUGACCACAAGGGGGAGGGUUAUUACAGAGACAACUGUUGACCAAAUCUUUGCUCUGCUAAAGCACACUGACCAGGGGCACUCCUACUGGGAGUUCAGUCCAGAGUUGGACCAGUUGCUUGGGAGUUCCAGUCAGCAGUGCAUCCAGAUAUUCAACACUGCAGGACUCAAAUCUCUGGGUGCGAAUGUUGCCAGGCAGCUGCUGCAGCUGGUGGCCACCUUGCUGGUUGUGCAGCUGCUGAUGCAGCACCUGCCGCAGCUGUUCCCCAGCUGCAGGAGCCUGCUGCACCUGGAUGUGGCGCAUGUGUCGGCCAAGUGGCGCAGUGCAUUGCAGCAGGUGCUCACAUGGGCCAAGGGUGUUGACGCGAUGCACCCAUCAGUGUACUCCCGUUUGGAGCUUGGGAAGAGUUGGGAGGACCUGACCACAAAACUGAUUGGUGUCAGCAAUGCGUAGUAGUCACAUGGCUGAUUUCAGUAACAAAACAGUAGAGGAUAGAAGUUGUCUAUUUUUGGAGUAGCAUGUCAAUAAGUACCAGUAGCACUUCAUAUUUCUUUCAAGAUUUUAUCAUAAAUCUUGAAACGUUUUAAAAUCUUAAGAAACAUCCUGAGAUCUUUUCUAAGAAUCUUGAGACUUGAUAAAAAGAUAAUCAUGCAAAAUCUCAAGAUUGACACG